CUGCCUAACAUGUCUGGGGACUACAGCUACGACUCCACAUCUCCUGUGGACGACUACGUGGCCUUCAACCUCACCGAUCUCUUCUGCAAGAAAACCAACGUCAGGCAGUUUGCCAGCCACUUCCUCCCGCCCCUGUACUGGCUCGUGUUCGUCCUGGGCACCGUGGGCAACAGCCUGGUCGCCCUUGUCUACUGGUACUGCACGAGAGUGAAGACCAUGACCGACAUGUUCCUCCUGAACCUGGCAAUCGCCGACCUUCUCUUUCUGGUCACCCUCCCCUUCUGGGCCAUCGCUGCUGCUGACCAGUGGAAAUUCCAGACCUUCACGUGUAAGGUGGUCAAUGGACUCUUCCGGAUGAACUUCUACAGCUGCGUGCUGCUGCUCAUGUGCAUCAGUGUGGACAGGUACAUCGCCAUCGCGCAGGCCAUGAAGGCACAGGUGUGGAGGCGGAAACGCCUCGUGUACAGCAGAAUGGGCUGCUGUGCUGUCUGGGUGCUGGCCGUGGCGCUCUGCCUCCCAGAGGUCCUGUACAGCCAAGUCAAGAGGGAGUCUGGAGUGGCUGCCUGCACCAUGGUGUACCCGGGGGGCGAGAGCGCCAGAGUGAAGUCCGCGGUCCUGACCCUGAAGGUCGUCCUGGGCUUCUUCCUGCCCUUCGUGGUCAUGGCCUUCUGCUACACCAUCAUCAUCCACACCCUGAAGCAGGCUAAGAGGUCGUCCAAGCACAAGGCCCUCAAGGUGGCCACCGCCGUCCUCACCGUCUUCGUCUUGUUGCAGUUCCCCUACAGCUGCAUCCUGCUGCUGCACACCGUAGACGCCUACGCCGUGUUCAUCUCCAGCUGCGCCACGUCCAUCAACAUCGACCUCUGUCUCCAGGUCACUCAGACCCUUGCCUUCUUCCACAGCUGCCUGAACCCCAUUCUCUAUGUUUUUGUGGGUGAGAGGUUCCGCCGGGAUCUUGUGAAAACCCUGAAGAACUUGGGGUGCAUCAGCCAGGCCCAGUGGGUGUCCUACACCAGGCGACAGGGAAGCCUGAAGCUGUCAUCCAUGUUGCUGGAGACGACGUCUGCAGCGCUGCCCCUGUGAGGACCUUCCCCUUGGAGGCCCUCGGUCCUUCCGGCAGCCCUGGGACAGGCAGGCCCUGUUUCCCACUGAGAGACCAGAGGGUCCACAGGGUAGAAAGAAGUGAGUGGGGAACGCAGAAAGGGGUAACUGAAAAGCAUUAUCACGUUCAGCCUUAACUUUCCACAACUGACUGCUCCAGAGUCCACCGCCGGGCACAUUCCGGAGGAGGACGGAGAAGCAGGGGCAAGGUCCUGGGUUCGAACUGCUGACCUGGAACAGCCUCGGGGUGUCUCAGUGCUCUGGGAGCUGUCCUGGCUUCAGACAGCAAAGCCUUGCCGGACGCGUCCGUUUCGGGACGUCUCCCUUGUGGGUUUGAGCCUGAGCCCCCCACCAGCUCCCACAGUUUCUCUCUCUAGAACCUUUCCUAACAAUCGCAGAUCCCUUUGCUCUGGUGCCUUUGGUCCCUGGAGGUCCUUACUUCUCUUUGGAAGCCAAGUGCAGGACUGGUCAGGGAGCCCCCGGACAACUGACCACACCCACAAGCCACCAGUCUCUCGGCUGCCACUGCAUUUCCGGGCCUGCGGGAGGCCUGGGCUGCCACACGUGGCUGUGGG